ACCAUGCUAGCCACCCUAACUACACUGUACCCUAACCAUGCUUCGCGCCGUACGUGGAACGUGUGCUCAGCAAUUGAGAUUAUUUUAAGCUGUGAUGAGACAGACAGUUCAAGUGAAAGCUUGAGGGCGAUAAAUUGCUCGUGAACAUACCACAGAUGUUUUCGAGACGGCAAGUGGUGACGCUGACCGCUCUCGCGAGGAACAUUUUGCGAUCGCCUCGAAGCCGGCAAUCAACAUGUGCAAGUGACUUCCCCCGCCCAGCACAUCGAUCUGUUCCAAGAACGCUAUUAGAAUACAGUCGUUUACAAUCUGCUGUGCCUACUCAGCCAAGUAACCCCAAGCUACUGCGUGUGGCCAUCAUAGGACAGCCGAAUGUGGGUAAAUCGACGUUGGUCAACCAACUAAUGCGUUGGAAGGUCUGCGCCGUAUCGAGCAAAGUACACACAACUAGACACAAUGCCAAAGCCAUUUUUGUUAAUGGCGAGACUCAGAUCGUCAUUUUGGACACUCCUGGUAUCGUCGACCUCAAUCACGGCAGAAAGCAUCACUUGGAAGCAUCCAUGAUUGUCGACCCUGAGCACGCGCUUCUCAACGCCGAUCUUGUCGCAGUGAUGGUGGACGCGUCAGACCACUGGCGGCGUCACAUGCUCGACGAGGAGACCUUGAGGUUACUCGAGUACAAUGCACAGUUAACUUCAGUUUUGAUUGUAAACAAAGUGGACCUGUUGAGGUCAAAAAGACAGAUUUUGGAGUUCACGCAUUCGUUGACUGGUGGGGUGGUUGGAGGCGCAGCCACGAACCGCGAGAAAAUUGUGAAGAAAAAAUUGAGCCCCGAGGUAUUGUUUGCUAGAAUGGAAGAACCAUUGAAGACAGAAACGGCAGACCUCCAGAAGGAAGCUUUAGAUGGAAUGGGAGUUCAAAAACAGGAAGGCCAAGAUGAGCACAAGAACUGCUGGCGCAAUUUUUCCCGUGUCUUUAUGAUAUCUGCACUGAACGAUGAUGGUGUGAACGAUAUCAGAAACUUCCUUCUUCAAUCAGCGAAACCCUCCGAGUGGAUGUAUCCAUUGGAGCUGGUUACUGACCAAAAUCCCCAUGAGCUGGCGACCCUAAUUGUGCGAGAAAAGGUCCUCAACCAUUUGCCUCGGGAUGUGCCCUACAACCUGUCUGUGAGAGUAGCAGGGUGGGAUCUAGACUCAGCUGGAGUUCUCCAUAUUGUUCUGGAGAUUAUAGGGAAAAAUACACGUCAUGUCAAGUACAUCCUAGGCAAUGGUGGGACAAUGAUAAAGGCAGUUGCUGCUGAAUCACGACAAGAUCUUGCAGCGACCUUCAGGUCCGAUGUGUCUCUGAAGUUGGUCGUGAAAACUGAGAGUGCAAGAGCGAAAACUGGUGUAUAAGUGCCGCUUGUGGUCAGAAUAAUGCAGCACAAUAAGCUCGUGGGAUAAGCGUGGAAACCUAUGUAGUUGCUUGUUGCUGGCAUAAGAAUAAAGUCCAAUUAUGAUACAA